GGUUCCACCCCUUUCAUUUAAGGGAGCAGCCAUCUUCAGCAAGGGAUUCACUCAAACGUUUCCAAAGCCGCUCAGAGUAGCUGGAAAGUUUCAGAAUUUCCCUGAGGACGAGUUUCCGUUUGGUCUGUUACCAUGGCAGCUGUGGGACAACGUGGCACUGUCCAACAAUACCCUGGAUUCAAUUCCCAGGAAGAUGCUGCCAAACUGAGAAAGGCAAUGAAGGGACUAGGUACUGAUGAGGAUGCGAUCAUAGAGGUACUGGCCAGAAGAACGAUAGCUCAGAGGCAGCAGAUCAAAACAGACUUCAAGACUGCUUUUGGCAGGGACCUGAUCAGUGACUUGAAGUCCGAAAUAUCUGGCAAUUUUGAGCAAGUUGUGCUUGGCUUGAUGAUGACACCUGUCAUGUACGAUGUGCACGAAUUGAAAAAGGCCAUCAAGGGUGCUGGGACUGAUGAAGGCUGUUUAGUUGAAAUUCUGGCUUCACGGAGCAACCAUGAAAUUCAGCAAAUUGUUGCCACUUACAAGAACGAGCAUGGCAAGAGUCUGGAGGAUGACAUCUGUGGGGACACUUCCCUUAUGUUCCAGCGAGUGCUCGUGUCCCUGGCAACGGGUAACCGUGAUGAAGGAAGUGUUGUGGAUGAAGAGCGAGCCAAGCAGGAUGCGCAGGUGCUGUAUGAAGCAGGCGAGAAGCAGUGGGGCACUGAUGAAACUGCCUUCUUGAGUAUUCUCUGUGUCCGGAACCCAGCCCAUUUGCGAAAAGUCUUUGAAGAUUACAACAUUAUUGCGAACAAAGACAUUGAAAGCAGCAUUAAAGGAGAGAUGUCUGGCAGUCUGGAAACAGCUUUAUUAGCAAUUGUUAAGAACAUGAAGAACCAACCUGCCUACUUUGCUGAGAGGCUGUACAAAUCUAUGAAGGGGGCUGGAACAGAUGACGACACCUUGAUCAGAGUCAUGGUGUCUCGCUGCGAGGUUGACAUGCUGGACAUUAAACAGGAGUUUCAGAGGAUGUACGGCAAGUCCCUGUAUUCUUUCAUUAAGGGGGACUGUUCUGGUGAUUACAAGAAGAUUCUGCUCGAGCUGUGUGGUGGAGAAUAAUGAAUGCAGCAGGCCAGGGCCAUCUCCAAGUGGAAUCCACUGGCAGCACAUCUGAUCUCUGUAACUGGAUGUGUCCAUUUUGUUGGUGCUUUUGUAUUAAUCAUUUGUAGCCUUACAGCAACGCUUCCUGUCUCUUAACUUUGAAGAAAUAGUUUAUUUUCAUGUGAGUCUCGAAUGAAAAUUCAAACAGCUGAUGUCCACUGAGGCACAAGAGAAAUGCUUCAUCUCACUGGCUCCUUCAGACACCACUGAGAAUCAGAGAUUAUUCCUCUUCCAACCUGCUGCUGGUUUGAAAUUGGAUACCUGCGAUGUGUCGCUUUGCUGUUUAAUGACCUGCUGGUGGGGGAAGGGACUGGACCAAGCAAUCAGCAUUUCAACUAAUCUAUGUGCUCUGUAGCAUUGAGAAAUAAAAGCAAAAUGUCGAACCCAAUAA